AUGUCUCCGGCUAAUUUACGCUGGCUGGUGGGAAAUGGCCCCCACGCUCUAUCUGAUGGCGUCUCGUUUGGAAUGCCGUGGCCACGAGGCCUGUACCAACCAGGCCAAAAAUUCGUUAUCGAAGCGAAUGAUGCCCAACAAUGGCCUCUUGACUCGCGUGAACUCGCCUAUUGGGCAGAUGGCUCUCUCCGAUGGACUGCUCAUUCGGUUAGUGGUGACAUUGACUACUCUAACGAGUACACCGUCAAAGGCGUCUUACACGCACCGGAACCCACUGCGAGUAUCAUAAUAGAGCAGCGGGAGUCUUCACUAUCGGUGAAUUCUCCAAACGGGUUGUAUCUGAGGUUCGCGGCACUUGGCAGCUCGUUGAUUCUCGAGCAACUCGAUAUUAAUGGGCAGACAGUCUGUUCUGCUGCCACGGUUGUCGCAUCCAUCAACGAGAAGGAGUACAGAACUCGAGUGGAUUCGGCGAAUGUGGAGAACUCCACUCCUAGCAGAGCUCUGAUCAAAAUCUCUGGCGUUGUGGAGGAUGGAAGUCACAGCGCUCAUCUGCCCUUCGAUCUCCGAUUCUAUAUCUAUUCUCACAGCACUUCAAUCAGAGUCCGUCACUCGUUCGUCCAUGAUCUAGACCCGAAGGAUGCUAUUACGUCCCUGGGUCUACGGUUUAGCAUUCCGCUUGGGCAGACCGAGCUAUACAAUCGCCACGUCCGACUCGGGGGAUCAAACGGAGGUGUUCUAAAAGAGGAAGUAAAGGGCCUCUCCGGCUUGCGGCACGGUCCAACCGUUGCAAAUCGAACUGAUCAAACAUCGGGGCGAAAUGUCAUUCUGCAAGAAGCCGAGUGGGCUAGAACAGAUCUCACCAAAGGACUCUCUUAUAUUCCGUCAUGGGAUUCUUACUCGCUUGCUCAACUUUCUUCGGAUGGCUUCACAAUCAAGAAGCGGACCAAGCCGGGCUACUCAUGGGUCAAAGUCACUGGUGGCGGCAGAGCCGAUGGAACUGCAUACCUUGGAUCGGCUUCCACCGGAGGUCUCGCGGUCGGCAUGUCCGACUUUUGGGAGCGAUAUCCUACUCAGCUCGACUUGGACCACUUGACCACCGAGCAGGGAUCUAUCACUGUGUGGCUAUAUUCGCCACUUGCAGAGCCCUUGGACACAACUCCGUAUCAUGAUGGAUUGGGGCUCGAUACAUAUCAGAAGCAGUUGGAGGCUCUCGAUGUGACGUACGAGGAUUUCGAGCCAGGCUUCGUCUCUGCCAAUGGGAUUGGGAGAACCAAUCAGCUCUUCUUGAGACCUUUCCUUCAUACCCCAUCAAAUGAAGACUUCGGCUCGUUUUCUUCCCUGGUUCGUGAUCCACCGCGCUUGGUUGCCACUGCAGAACAUCUGCAAUCCUCGGGCGCGUUUCAUGGGUGCUGGGCUCCCGAUUCUCAGACCUUGGGUCUGACACCAUCGCAUCAACAAGCGGAGGUCGAAGCCAAGCUGGAUCUCUUGUUCAACUACUAUCAUGGACAGGUUGAGCAGCACCGCUGGUACGGAUUCUGGGAUCAUGGAGACGUGCAACAUACCUAUGACCCUUAUCGACAUGCCUGGAGAUAUGAUGUCGGCGGAUUUGCAUGGGACAACUCCGAGCUCUCGACGGACCUCUGGCUGUGGCUUUACUUCCUCCAGACUGGAAGGGCUGAUGUGUUCAAGAUGGCCGAAGCGAUGACUCGACACACCGGCGAAGUUGACGUUUACCAUUCUGGAAAGUUCAAAGGCUUCGGUACUCGACACGGUGUCCAGCACUUCAGCGAUAGUUCGAAGCAGCUUCGUAUAUCCAAUGUCCUUUAUCGACGGAUCUAUUUCUACUUGACCGGAGACGAGCGCACCGGUGAUUUGAUCUCAGAGCUUCAAGAUUGUCAAAACACACUGCUUGUGCUGGACUCACAUCGCAAAGUCCAAGAACAUGCCGGUAUACCUGAUGGGUUCGCUAUGACAAACAUCGGUCUGGACUGCGGAGCACUUAUUGCAGCUUGGCUCUUUGCAUGGGAGAGACGCUCUGAGGGAUGGACUCACUACAAGGACCUUCUUAUCAAGUUACUUGAUGGUAUUGCUGGACUCAAACAUGGUAUUGGGAACAAUGCGAUCUUGCUGAACCCGACCAGUGGGGAGGUGCGAGAGUGUCCACCUCCGACACCAGAGUGGGCUAUCUCUCAUCUAUCCAUGCUUUUUGGUUUCCCAGAGAUCAUCACCGAGCUUUUCCACUUUGCCCGAGAAGAGGUUCCAGAAACCGUUGAUAGGUUUAUGAAAGUGUGGCUUGCAUACUGCCGAGCUUACAAUGGCGGACCAGACGUUCAGCGCGAAGAAUUUGGCUUCGAGUUCCCAUCGCAUGCAACAUGGCGACAAAGUCACUCUACUCUCACGGCCUUUGCAGCUGUUGAACAAGAUGAUGAAAAGCUAGCGCAUGCUGCUUGGGACCAAUUUUUCAACACAGAUGGGUAUACUGCUCAACAUGAUUGGGGUGUUAUCAAAUCUACACCUCCUGAGUAUCUGACUCAUGGUGAAGAGGCGCCCUGGAUUACGACUAACGAAGCUGCUCGGUACGGGGUAUCUGCGAUCUCUAACCUUGCGAGCAUCGGGAAAUUUCUUAAAUAG